AUGAUGUUACAUAAAAAUAAAUUUUUUUUCAUUAAACUUUGCGCAUUUUUCCUUUUAAUAUGGAUAUGCCAUAAUUCUUAUGAGUCAGCUUCCUCAGAUAAAACAUGGAAUAAUAGAAUUAACCUAAAAAAAAUAUUAGAUUUAAGGAUACGUAGAUUGUUAUAUGGAGAACGAGGUCGAAAUCAAAAACUUCAGAGAAAAACUUCAAAAGAAAUUUCAAAAAGAACAUAUGUCAAUAAAAAGUUAUGAUCAUCAAGAAAGAAAAUUUGGAAAAUUAAAAGAAAAAUCGUCUCGAAAGGAAAAAAAUAUCCCCAGAAAAAAAAAUAUAUUAUCAUUCAUAUUUGGACCUUUAAAAAAAUUAGAUUCUGUAUACGAGAUGGAAGUAAUAAACCAUUUAUUUUAGUGUACAAAAGAUCAGAGAAUUCUAAUGUUAAAUAUAAAGAAAAGAUUCUAAGGUUCCUUUGGGUAUUUAAUCCAUUUAUAACAUGUUUUGUUAUCACAUUUGGUUUAAUAGCCCUUCAUUCUGUAGAUAGCAUUUCUGAGUAUGUGGCACAUAUCCUUUGUGCAUUAAUGCCAAUGUUCAUAUUAAUAUAUUUUUAUAUUUCCUAUAAGUUUUGGAAACAUAGUAUUUUGAGUAAUCAUCAAGAAUAA